AAGGUGCCACAGCGCUGACGGGAUACCCAAGGAAGUGGCUGACAUUUUUAAUUCCCCCAGCGAUGACGAGGAUUUUCUUGGUUUUGGAGAUGAUGCUCCCAUGCAAACCUUGUCCUCAGAAGACAGCUCUGAUAGUUUUGAUUCAUUGGAGUCAGCAAAAAAGGAUGUUCGAUUUCAAUCCAAGUACCUGACUGAGGAACUGAGGAGAAUUUUCACUGAAGACACUGAUUCAGAAAGUGAAGUGUUUGAAGGCUUUGCUCCAAGUGACCUGGAUGUAAACAAUGCGAAUGGAAUGAUGCCAGUGGAGUCAGAUUUGAGUGAUGGAGAGAACAAUAAUUUCUCUUUACUGGGUAGUGAGGAGGAGGAGGAAGAAAAGGCUUCCCCCAAGAGAAGCAGCUUUGGUCUUCGUGUGGCAUUUCAGUUCCCCACAAGAAAGUCUGCCAAGAAGAAGGUGCCUGAACCAACUUUUUCCAAGCUACACUUGCAAGACAAUAAACCCCCUAAAGCUCUCACAAGAGAGAGAAGCAGCAAGCGAUGGAAGAAACUAGAGGGGUCUGCCUCAGAGUCUGAGGAAGAUGUCAAAGAGACUCGUGAAGAAAGCUCCAGUGCCCUGCUUAAAAGAGCAAUAAACAUCAAAGAAAAUAAAGCCAUGCUUGCCCAGUUGUUAGCAGAACUGAAUUCUAUACCUGAACUGUUUCCAGUGAAAACAGCCACCUCAACUCCUUCUAAACAGAAGAAAACCCCAAGGAGAACAUUUUCUGAAGGCCAGACAGAGCGUCGUACAAACCCAACCAGAAAUGCUCGUCCACCAGAGAAAUUUGCCUUGGAAAACUUCACUGUGUCUGCGGCUAAAUUUGCAGAACACUUUCAUAAUUACAGACAACAAAAUCUCCUAAUAAAGAGGAGACUCAGUGGGGGUGACUGUGGAGUGCGCAAGAGAAGGAGAUCAUCUAAAUACUCAUCUUACCGUCCUGUUGAAGAUAUUACUGAUGAGGACUUGGAGAAUAUAGCAAUUACAGUUAAAGAUAAAAUCUAUGAUAAAGUCCUGGGCAGUACGUGCCACCAGUGUCGGCAGAAGACAAUCGACACUAAGACAAUCUGUCGUAAUCAAGGCUGCGGGGGUGUGAGAGGACAGUUCUGUGGGCCGUGUCUUCGUAAUCGAUAUGGUGAAGAUGUGAAAUCGGCACUUCUGGAUCCAAAUUGGAUUUGCCCUCCUUGUCGUGGUGUCUGUAACUGCAGUUACUGUCGCAAGCGUGAUGGCCGCUGUGCCACAGGAAUGCUCAUCCACUUGGCAAAAUUUUAUGGUUAUGAUAAUGUUAAAGAAUAUCUUGAAAGUUUACAAAAGCAACUAAAUGAAGACAAUUGAGGAUGCUGAGCACAGCUACCUGACCUGCAGACAAGUUUUUUUUUACUUCAGGGUUUAAAUUUUUUGAUUACAAUGAUGUUUAUACAAGAUAGAAUUGUAGAAUAUAGCUUUGGAUUUUUUUAACUGAUUGGUCUUUACUAAAACAUUUCUUGAGAAAUCUUUGUAUGAGGAAUUUACAUGCAGAAUAUUCUUUUUAUGCAUAGACAUCUGUAUACAGAGCAGAACAGCACUUUUAAAACUUCAGUGGUUAAUUUUCAGUAGGGCUACAGAACCAAGUAGGUGCUUAACUCCAAAGGUGGUGAAAGGAAUUGUGUAGCACUAAAAAUUUAAUGAGUGGGGGGGGGAAGGAGAGUGAGAAUUUUUGGCCUAAGCAAACUAUUAAAGAGCCAAGUUUUUGAAAGCCUUCCUUUUUGUGCAUGAGUAAAUCAAGUAACUGCAUGCCUCAGUUUGUGGGCAAAAGUAAGUUUUGCCCCUGCAAAGAUAGAAGGGAGUCCUUUUGAAAACUUUAUUGAAAUUCAGUUCUGGUCUGUGCAGUUUAUUUUUAAAAAGUAGUUGGUUCAGCCAGUACCGGUGCCACGGUUUCUCGUGCCCUAGGCCCAUGGCCAUUUUGCCGCCCCCCGGGCUGAUCCCACGGCUCUGGUGGAGCUGCCCCCUCAAUCCUGGCUGCCUAAAUGGUAGCACCGCCCCUGGGUUCAGCAGUGAUGCACCUGCAGUCAGAGUGAUACUUGACCCUUUUAAUUGUACAGUGUUGAUAUUCUUAAAUAAUUCCUACCUGUCUGCUUAGCUAAAGGCAGGCUUUACAAACACCUUUUUAAAAACCCCUGUUACUGCAGCCUCAGAUUUACACAAAUUUUGACAAAUAUUGGAUGUUUUACUCUGUGUAGAGAUAAUAAAGCAUUUUCAAUAGAGGA